GGCUCCUCUCCCGCACGCGCCGCCUCCUCCUCCCCACCAGCGCCUCCCUCUCCUCCUUCCCCGCCGCCACCCGACCUCCUCCCCGCCCGCGCCUCCCUCUCCUCCUUCCACUCCUCCGAUCUGGCGCCGCCAAACCCUAACGCCCCGCCCUAGCCCCGGCUCCCACGGCAGGGAAGGAGGAACGCCGCCAGCCAUCCUCCCCGUCCAUCACCGCCACGCCAUCACUGGCACCUACUCAAGGCGUGGGCGCUACGGGUCAACCGCGUCGGGGAGAUGGGCGCCACGCAGCGGUCGCCGGAUCCGUUUUGCUACAAGUCUGGGCGCGUCGGAUCCGCUGCUCCUCCCGCCCCACCGCCCACGACCCCCUCUCCCGCAACUCCGGCCAGCCGCCGUCGAGAGGUCAACUCUGGCCGCCUCCACCACCACCCAUUGGCAGGAGCGCACCUCCCCCUCCCCCGCUACUCCUCCUCUACCACGUGUUCAUCACCGGGAGGAGCAGCGGAUCUGCCUGGUGGCGUCGCCGUAGGCUGAAGGAGUGGCGGACCAUGGUCCUCGAGUUACUGCACCUCUGGGAAGAAGACGACCUGAGGGGGGUUGGAUCCUAAGGGGCAGAGAUGCAGUCCUCCAGAGUUGUUGGGAAGAAGAAGAUGGCCCUGCGUCCUCGAGCAGGAGCAACUGAUUCCCAAGUUGCCGGUGCUUUGUUCGACAAGGAGCAUCUCGCCGUCACCUUGGGUGCAGCCGUCCGGUGGAAGGCGCUCUGCCUUUUUCAGAAGACGAGGAGGAUCGGCGGAUCCAUCCCCCCCUCCUCUCCAGCAGCUCGGCGGAGACAAAAGAGGAGGUCACCGGGAGAUGACGAAAGAUCAAAGGAGGAUGAUUUGCAAGGUCGAUCGACAUAUGCGACAAAGAUCCUGUUGUGCACAAGCAUACUCCAUACAUUGUUAUCCUCAUGGGGCUUGCAGAAAAAUGGGUCGAUGCGCGUGAUGGUCAGUGACCUUCGGCCAGGCAAGAGAAAAGGGAAUUUAAGGACCUAAUUUGAGCCGUAUGCUUAAACCGCGAGUCAUCCAAGAAGUGGUCCAGUUUUACACAGUGCUCCUAAUAGUACAAUUAAGGAAAAUAGUUAACUCCCUCAAUGAUUUGGCCCUUGACUCCCUCUCAAUAUGGAUUCCCAAUGCAUAAUGGACUACCAAACAAUGUUAAGGAGCCAUAGGUAAGCAAGAAUUCACAAUUAACAGCCCUUGUAGCUGUGAUAAUAUGACAUCAUGAUAGUUUGGUAAGCAAGAAUUCACAAUUAACAGUCCUUGUGGCAUUUACAUACAUGUUGGGUUCAGAUAGACAUAUGAAAUACCUUGAUGCUGACCCUAACAAGCCCAACUAGACCAUAUGAACGUGCAGCAACCAAGACGGUAUUUGCACUUCUGCAUAUACUAUCUAAUUUCGAUACAGAACUCUCUGGAAGCUGCAGUGGUGAAAAUUUGGUGCAUACUUCAUAUAGAUGUUCUUCUAGAAUGUGCAUUUUAGGAUCAAGCAUUUUCUUGAUUUUCAUAUUGAAGAUCAAGCAUUUUCUUGAUUCUCUUAAUAUGGAGCUUUGACCAUCUCUUUGGUGACCAGUUUGGAUAAUUUUAGUUAUAGCACCCACGCAAAUUUUGUUUCUUUCUGUAUAUUAUCAGUCUUCUCAAAAAUUGAAGGAUUGGUAAGCCUUUUGGUAUUAUAUAUUUUUAGUCCAUGUUAGGAUAUCUGUCUAUUGUAGGUGAACUGGAGCUUCCACUUUUAUCAAUGUUGCUUGUGUAAAAUAUAGACAUAGCUUUUCAGGCAAUUCUGCUUUGUCAUGGAGAUGAAAAGUAAUUAUUUUGGUGUGGUGAAUCAAUUGUUUUGCUGGGUGAGAUAUAUCCCUCUCCUUGUUUUCUAUUUGUCAGGUUUCAUUUGAUUGAGGUUUAUAAGACAAGAUUGCAAGUUGUAGAAAGGAUGUACAUAUAUGUACUUUUCUGUAUAGGUCUUGCCUUGUGAAAUUAUGUAGUAGUGUUUGUACUUUUUUUUUCUUAUAUCAUGGUGUCGCCUGUGAGUGUUCCCAAUAGUGUGGACUAAGUAUGCAGCAAUAGUGUGAAUCAAUCUACACUUGCAGCAUGACUGUUUUUUCGCCCUGGGCCUUUUUAUUUAUGUGAUAGAACUUUCUUUAGCAAUACACCAAUUCAGAAUAUUCAUAUAUUCUUUUCUUAGUCAUUUUCAAUUUUUAUAUGUUGGCGAAGAACUUACUUUAGCAGCAUAGUGCUAACAAACUUACUUAGGGUAUCAAACAGUGUACAACUAAAGAGAAUUCAAUUAGCUGGCUUGUUUGUAAUCAGUGGUCUAGGUAGGUUGCAAGGAAGAGGGCUUUUGUAUCAUUCUUCUUUUGAUUUUUUGGAUCAGUGGUCUAGGUAGAUUCCAAAGACGGGGAUUUUUGGUGUUGGCUUCUUUGGAAUUAGUGGUCUAGCUAGGUUCCAUGGAGGAGGGAUGUUUGUUUGUAUGUUGGAUAUAAAAGUAUCAAGUAUCAACUUGAUCUACAUCUGCUCUUUUGCUUUUACAUGGCUCACACGGUCAUGUUAUGUAGCUUCAGAAGAGAUUGCAGAUCAUAAGCUUGCAAGGAUAAUUGGUUAGUGAUUCUUUAUCUUUGAGGUUCACCAGGAUCACAUUGCAGGUAUAACCUUCAUCUCUUUUUCAAAAACAUGCAUCUUUAUGUUUUGUAUAAAUAUAUGUUUGCUGUUUUGUGAGUGUGCUACUGCGCAUUGCUUAUAUAUUGCUAGAUCUUCUAUGAUUUAAAGUGAAGAUGAGUAUGUUCCUUGCAUCUCAGCAUUUCACCCUUUCCGCUUUAGCAGGAUAUACUGAGGAGAUGCUUUCUUUGACCGUCCGUUAAUUAUAUAUUAUUUACUCACACUUGAUAAAUAUAUAUGAUAUUUUGAGUAAGAAUUGAAUCUGAACGUGUGCUCUUGUCCAAAAAAGAGAGCAUGAAAUGAUAUAUUUUACCUAUGAAUCCUCUUCAUGUAUAAAUAAGCAUGCAGAUUGUUUUUGAUGUCCUCAUAACCUGUUAUUAUAAACCAUAUAUGAUUAGAAGACAAGAAAGAAUGGCAAAGAGGCACAAGAUUCUCAUGCCAAAGAGAUAUUCCUCACUCAAAGGAUUUUGACUGACGAGUCCAGGUUUGGUACUAAUUAUGAUCACUUUCAGGUCCAUUUGCAGGUUUGGUUUGAUUUUCCUUUAUGAUGCAGCACCAUCAUUUGCAGCAUGAGGACAACAUGAUUGUAGCUAACACCCUCUUUAGAAAGAGAGAAUCACAUCUGGUGACUUUUAGUAGUGGCCAACACUCUAGCCAGAUUGAUUUCAUCCUCUCGAGAAGAGAAGAUAGGCGUGCGUGCCUAGACUGUAAGGUGAUACCUGGGGAGAGUGUUGUACCCCAGCAUAAGCUGGUGGUUGCUGACUUCCGCUUUCGGAUUCGUGUCCAGCGGGAUAAGCGUGCCAAGGUCGCUAG